CCGCCCUCUCCGCUGGACUCGGUGCAGCUCCUGCAAGUUGCCAGGGCGGUCCGUGUCCCCCUGCCCCCUCCGCCGAGUUCCCUCUGAGAGCACAUGAUUUAGGAGUUACGCUUUGUGACAUGGAUGAAUCUGCACUGACCCUUGGCACGAUAGAUGUUUCUUGUCUGCCAAAUUCAUCAGAAUAUAGUGUUGGUCGAUGUAAGCAUGCAAGUGAGGAAUGGCGUGAAUGUGGUUUCAGACCUCCUGUCUUCAGAUCUGCAACCUUAAAAUGGAAAGAAAGCCUAAUGGGCCGGAAAAGGCCUUUUGUCGGAAGAUGUUGUUAUUCCUGUACUCCCCAGAGCUGGGAUAAAUUUUUCAACUCCAGUAUCCCGUCUUUGGGUUUGCGGAAUGUUAUUUAUAUCAAUGAAACUCAUACAAGACACCGAGGAUGGCUUGCAAGACGUCUUUCUUACGUGCUGUUUGUUCAAGAGCGAGAUGUCCAUAAAGGCAUGUUUGCCACCAAUGUGACUGAAAAUGUACUGAACAGCAGUAGAGUACAGGAGGCAAUUGCAGAAGUGGCUGCUGAAUUAAACCCUGAUGGUUCUGCUCAGCAGCAAUCAAAAGCCAUCAAUAAAGUGAAAAAGAAAGCCAAAAGGAUCCUUCAAGAAAUGGUUGCCACCGUCUCACCGACAAUGAUCAGACUGACUGGAUGGGUGCUGCUAAAACUGUUCAACAGCUUCUUCUGGAAUAUUCAGAUUCACAAGGGUCAACUUGAGAUGGUUAAAGCUGCAACUGAGAUGAAUUUGCCACUUAUAUUUCUACCAGUUCAUAGAUCACAUAUUGACUAUCUACUGCUCACUUUCAUUCUCUUCUGCUAUAACAUCAAAGCACCGUACAUUGCUUCAGGCAAUAAUCUUAACAUCCCCAUCUUCAGUACCUUAAUCCAUAAGCUUGGGGGCUUUUUCAUACGACGGAGGCUAGAUGAGACGCCAGAUGGACGGAAAGAUAUUCUCUAUAGAGCUUUGCUUCAUGGGCAUAUAGUUGAACUACUUCGACAGCAGCAGUUCUUGGAGAUUUUUCUGGAAGGCACACGCUCUAGGAGUGGAAAAACCUCCUGUGCUCGGGCAGGCCUUUUGUCAGUUGUGGUAGAUACUCUGUCUACGAAUACCAUCCCAGACAUCUUGAUAAUACCUGUUGGAAUCUCCUAUGAUCGUAUUAUUGAAGGUCACUACAAUGGUGAACAACUGGGAAAACCUAAGAAGAAUGAGAGCCUUUGGAGCGUAGCCAGAGGCGUUAUCAGAAUGUUACGAAAAAACUAUGGGUGCGUCAGAGUGGAUUUUGCACAACCGUUUUCCCUAAAGGAAUAUUUAGAAAACCAAAGUCAGAAAGCUGUGUCUGCUCCACUUUCUCUGGAGCAAGCAUUGUUACCAGCUAUACUUCCUUCAAGACCUAAUGAUGCUGCUGAGGAAGGUACAGACGUGUCCAUUAAUGAGUCCAGGAAUGCAACAGAUGAAUCCUUCCGAAGAAGACUGAUUGCAAAUCUGGCUGAGCACGUUCUCUUCACUGCUAGCAAAUCCUGUGCCAUUAUGUCUACACACAUCGUGGCCUGCCUGCUCCUCUACAGACACAGGCAGGGAGUUGAUCUCUCCACGUUGGUGGAGGACUUCUUUGUGAUGAAGGAGGAAGUCCUGGCUCGUGAUUUUGACCUGGGGUUCUCGGGAAAUGCAGAAGAUGUAGUCAUGCAUGCCAUACAGCUGCUGGGAAAUUGCGUCACCAUCACCCACACCAGCAGGAAUGAUGAGUUUUUUAUUACUCCCAGCACAACUAUCCCUUCAGUCUUUGAACUCAACUUCUACAGCAAUGGGGUACUCCAUGUCUUUAUCAUGGAGUCCAUCAUAGCCUGCAGCCUUUACGCAGUUCUGAGUAAGAGGGGCUGCGGAGGGCCUGCCGGCACAUCCCCCAGCUUGGUCAGCCAGGAGCAGCUGGUGCGGAAGGCCGCCAGCCUGUGCUACCUGCUCUCUAACGAAGGCACCAUCUCUCUCCCCUGCCAGACAUUUUACCAAAUUUGCCAUGAAACAGUAGGAAGGUUUAUCCAGUAUGGCAUUCUUAUUGUGGCCGAGCAAGACGAUCAGGAAGAUAUUAGUCCUGGUCUUGCUGAGCAGCAGUGGGACAAGAAGCUUCCAGAACCUUUGUCUUGGAGAAGUGAUGAAGAAGAUGAAGACAGUGAUUUUGGUGAGGAGCAGCGAGAUUGCUACCUGAAGGUGAGCCAGUCCAAGGAACACCAGCAGUUCAUCACCUUCCUGCAGAGGCUCCUUGGGCCUUUGCUGGAGGCCUAUAGCUCUGCUGCCAUCUUCAUUCACAACUUCAGUGGUCCUGUUCCGGAGCCUGACUAUCUGCAGAAGCUGCACAAAUACCUAAUAACCAGAACAGAGAGAAGUGUUGCAGUGUAUGCUGAGAGUGCCACAUAUUGUCUUGUGAAGAAUGCUGUGAAAAUGUUUAAGGAUAUUGGGGUUUUCAAAGAGACCAAACAAAAGAGAGUGUCUGUUUUAGAACUCAGCAGCACUUUUCUACCUCAGGGAAACCGGCAGAAACUCCUAGAAUAUAUUCUGAGUUUUGUGGUGCUGUAGGUGACUCCUGGCACCUCUAGCAAGUGAAGGGCACGGGACGAGUCCCUUGUGGGCUCCAGCCUCUGGCUCGAGAGUUGAAGGUGCCGUCGUGUGGUCAGGCCUGACCUGUCGUGAUGUGACCUCCUGGAAGACAAGUGCCUUCUCCCCUCUGUGGAUCUGUGAUCAUCCCAGCCCUGAGAUGACACGCAGCCUGCAGAUAACACUUUGGGGGGCCCUCAGCCCCCAUUUGCAAUUCAUAAUCAGUAGACUAUAGAAUGAAAUCUCAAAAAAUUAUUUUGGAGUUUAUUCAAGAUUUACAUUUUAAGUACAACUGUUAAGGACUAAUUAACUGUGAUGGACACAAAAAUGUAGUUGUAUUCUAGAACUGAAUCUUGUAUACUUAAUGCUGUCCCGUAAUUCGUUGGUAUAUUUUCUGAUUAACGAUUAACGCUUCGUCUGAAAAUAAUUGAGUCAUUCAGUCACUGUUUUUUUUCAGAGUUUUAUCUUUGUCAAUACUAGGUAAUUUUAAAUGGGAACAUAUUUCAUUCCAAAGUGCUUCACAAAUGAGUGGCUGAUGUACGUCACACCCAGGUGUCACUGUGCUGUCCUUUGCAGUCAGGUUUAGGAAGCAUUUUAAGAGCUACAUGAAAAUGCAAUGUCAGUUUAGGUCAAGAAGAAACAUCAUGUGAUCAACAGCUAACAUCAGGAAGUAAAUUCGGCUGGCAAAAUUCAAGGUAAACUUGGCCAGAAAAGUGACUUUGAAAACUUUUGCUCAUAUAAAACAGUGCCAUUGAGUUUUAAAUGACUGGCAAGUAUUUAGGAACAAUUCCUGUUUUAUGUCUGUACUCCUUCCUACCCCUCAGGUGGUCCCUGCCUCUCAUAGGUACAGCUGUUUCUUGGAGAGCCUCCAACCAAAUAGCAACUGUCCUUACUAGAUUAGCUUGACCUGAUAGACCGUGUUAGCCUAAAGUGCUCUGACUACAGGCUACUGCCCCAGGGCUCUCAUGUACUGCAUACAGUGUGCACUGCACCUAGGCUGGGUGACUGAUACCCAUUCGAACUGUGCCGUGUAGAAGCCAUGCAAUAUAUGGGGUGACCCUACUGACUGGUAAAUGGUCAGAGGCUUCUAUGGAUUUUUAACUUUGAGGAAAAACCAUAGUUUUAAAAAAAUUUAUAUGAGCUUAAAGCCGGAUGCUGCAUAAUGGUAAAUAAUUAUGAAAAAUUGUUUAUAAUGAGUAGGUGCAUUUCUGUGAGCAGGGAGUGUAGUUGUUAGCUAAUUGUGGUAAUGUGAUUUCUUAAAGAUCAUGUGAUAUUCAGGUAUUUUCUAACAGCACAUUGUUCCUUCUCUCCAUGGUGUUAUGGAAUUAGGAAUUUUUCCUGAUGAAUAUUGCAUAGAGUCUUUGAAUUUAAUAUAAAAGUACUGAGAAUUAAGUUUGUACUUGCAUAAGCUUGGAUUUUAAACACUAAUAGUAUCAUGAAUAUUCUGUGUGUGUUGGGAGAGGGAAGGAUACUGAUUGGUAUUUCACGUUGUAUGAAAUAUUGCAUUUGAAAUUCAUAGCAAUAAUGACGUGCUGGUGUGAUCUUCUUCCACUGUUCUCAAAUUCCACAUUUAAAAUAUAUUUUUUCUUUAUAGGAACUCACGUACCAUUAAGCCAUUGUCAGUGUUGUAGCAGCUCUGGUGUGGAGGGGUCUCUUCACCUUGUAACAUUCCAUUUUACUAACUAGGAUAGGAGAGCCCUUCUUCUUUAGGCUGGAGCUCUGCGUUUGGAGGAAAAACCAGGGAGGCUUGUUUAUCUCCUUGAGUGUUCCUUAACUGGGCAAAUGAACAUUUUACUCGUCGUCUCUUUUAUUCAUCCCCUACGUUACAGAUCAAGGAUUACUCAAACUCUUUCUUAGUAGCUGGAAAGUCAAGGUUGGGCCUGACUUCCUAGUGGAUAUUGCUGCCCUGCCUAUCACUUCUGCCAAGAGCUGCUGCUGUGCCAGCCUGAGCAGGAAACUGUCUUCUCUGGCUUUAUUUUCCCUUUCAGUUGGUUUGUUUUCUAGAAAUCUAAUCAGAUGCUUUGGGGAAUGCAAUGUAUGAUUUGCUAGCUCUCUCGCCACUUAACUCACUGUGAGAAUAAAUAUGCAUGCUUUUCUUAAUUAACUGGUGCUUUGAAAACCUUUUUUAAGGAAGAAAAAUCUCAACCAAAGUUAUGCUCAUCCAGACAAGCUGACCCUUGAGUUAAUUUUAGCACAACUCAUCCUUCAGUGCCUCAUUCCUGAAAAAACGUACAUCAUCACAGUAAAGCUUCCAGAUAGCACUAUCUCGCUAAAAGAUUAUUCUCAUUGUUUUCCGAAAGUGAAUGGCUUCCAUGUAAGAUUAAACAAACUAGGUGCUUGUAAAUAACUUAUGACAGUUUACUCAAUUGCAUUUCUAUAAAACUGAAAUGCGUGCCCUCCAGGGGAAGACUGUGAGUCAAGUUAAAAAACAAACAAAAAAACCCAAUAAUAAGCAAUAUAAAACUGCACUGUCUGCAAGUGAGAAUGUCCUAAGUAAUUCAGAAGACAGCAAAGGACUUUUUGCUCUCUUAAAUUUUAAGAAAAACAAAGGGAAAGAACUAGUGUGAAGUGUGUAGAACUAGUAACAGAGAAAGUACUCUGACUUCCUUCUCAGAUCUCUUAAGUCUCCCAAAGUCCUGAGGGUGAGUGGAGAAAACACGUCAGGGAUUGCAAUGAAUGUAACUCAGACUGUGGGAUUCCAGUCGUCUGAAGGGGAAGCAUUCCCCAUAGAGCUCCGUGUCAUUUGAGUGGUCUGCGAGAUGUUCACAGGUGUCUUGUAGCAAAAGCAUUCCUGUUAAAAUAAAUUUGCACACGGAUCCUGUUUCCUGGAAACUCACAGUGCACUUCAGCUCAGUAAUGGCUCAGGGUCCGGCAGUACCAAGCCUGUUUAACCUCGUUUCUGCAAACGGUUGUGACCCCAUGACUGUUUUCCCCUUUGGGACACCUGUGAACCACUCCCUAGUACCCAGGGAAAACAUUUUGAGAAACACUAUGUUAGGUAGUUCUUUAAGGGGACAAAACAGUAAUACAUGGCACUGAGACAGAAUUUGCGUGCACUUCGUACAAUCAAAUGUUGCAUUUAAUAGGUGUAUAUUUCCUCCCCUUCGAGACGAUAAGCACAGAAAACUGUAAUAUAGGUGAUUAGAGCAGAGCUCUUUCCUUUGAUGGAAAGAUCAACUGUCAAUGAUCCUGGGUUUGUCACCGAAAGUAGCACAAUUAACUCAGAGAUUUACUGAGGUAAAUGAGAUUUUAAUUUCAGAUCUAGAAGAAAAUACUGCACAAUUGAAUGCAUAUUUUUAUCCACAGUUCUAGUGUUUAGAAAUGAUAGGACCUAUCAUUGAAGUUUAUAAGACUUAAUUUGGAUGUAAAUCUAUUUUUUAAAACACUUUUUUUAGGAACUUGAGACUUGGCUUCUGGCAUUUUAGUUUAAUACAAACUAACGAUUGCAUUUGAAAGAAGACUUUUGACUUUAUUUCUAAACUCUAAAGCUCUGAAAUGCCAUGAUGGGAGGUGUUAAAUUAUUUACCUGUUGUAUGAAGAAACGUUAGAUUGUUGUAAAAAGAUUACUAUAAAGUACUGUAAAAUAACACUGCGUGAUUUUGUGGGCAGCCCUUAUUUGGAAACAUUGAUUUUUAUGCCUGUUAACGUAUUGUAAGAAGCACAGAAGUGUAGCUCUGUUUUAAUAAACCAAAAAAUGAACAUA